CGCACCGGCGGGGGGAGGCGACAGUCGCAUCCAGUCGCAUCUAGCCGCCAGCGCGCGACCGAGGGGUAGUCGAGGGCGUUCAGAGCGCCUCGAGCUCUAGCGGAGGCCGUCGUCGGCUCCGGGAGUGUGUGCGCCACAACACCACCCUCCACGCACAGUCUAACCGGCGCGCCUUCUUCAACCGCCGGAGAAACGAGGAGAGGGCGAGCGAGGUAGGCGCCAUGAGCACACCCGCGCGCAAGCGUCUCAUGCGAGACUUCAAGAGGCUGCAGAAGGACCCGCCCGCGGGCAUCAGCGGCACUCCCACGGAGGCCAACAUCAUGCUGUGGCAGGCGGUCAUCUUCGGACCGGAAGACACCCCGUGGGAGGGGGGCACGUUCAAACUCAACCUGACGUUCUCGGAGGAUUACCCGAACAAGGCGCCCGUGGUGAAGUUCGAGAGCAAGAUGUUCCACCCGAACAUAUACAACGACGGGGGCAUCUGCCUCGACAUCCUGCAGAACCAGUGGUCGCCCAUCUACGACGUGAGCGCCAUCCUGACGUCCAUACAGAGCCUCCUCUGCGACCCGAAUCCCAACUCGCCCGCCAACUCCGAGGCGGCGCGGCUGUACAGCGAGUGCAAACGGGAGUACAACAAGAAGGUGCAGGAGGUGGUGGAGCGGUCGUGGACCGAGGUUUGACGACGUACGUACGCGCGCGAGCGGUGUCGACACUUAGAGACGAGAGCGUGCGCGCCGCUCGAAGGGACAGGCGCUUAACUUUUAGGACGAACGAUUUUAAAAGACGAUUUUUACGAGU